ACCGUCGGGUGGGGGCUCCUCGUGCCUCUCCUUGGGGUCGGGGGUGGCAAGCCUUCUGGUGCUGGGCCCCGCGCCCCACUUCUUCCUCCAGCACCCCCCUUUGCAUCCUCUCCCAUGAGCGCACAUACAGUUCCCCUAUACCCCAGAGGCGCUGUUGAGAGGUUGUCAGGUCGCUCUGUCCCCUUCCCUGCUCCCCAGACUUCGCAGUCCUUUCCUGAGCCCAGGCGUCCGGGCGCCCCGCAUCCUCCAGGGCCGGGGGCUGGUGCGGGGUGAGUCCCUGGCCGCAGUCCCGGCCGCCCCGCCCCCGCCGUGGAUCUGGAGCUCAGCUUUGUCAACAGAUCAAGGCCCCUGACCCCGACCCGCCUGACCUUCCUCUGUGUGCUCUUUCCCAUUCCCCUCCUAACCCCCCAGGCCCGCAGCCUCACCCCUGCACAUCCUGGGGCAGAGCUACUCAUCCUGCACCCCCUCCCCCAUGGAAAUCGGUGGGAAACCCGCGUGGAGUUCUGGCAACUCCACCCAGGGAGUGUGGACAUCCCUAAGGACCCUUUGUCCCAGCUGUGCCAUCCCAGCCAGAUGUGGGGGGCUACUAUGCAGAGGCAUGCCCCCACUGCUGUCAUACCACUCCCACCUCCUAUUGCUGCUGCUGCUAGUCUGCCAGCCACAGGCUUCCCGAGCACAGGUGUUGGACUUCCUGCUUGAGAAGUGGAAACUAUAUGGAGACCAGUGUCUUUACAACCUGAGCCUGCUGCCAUCCCCUACUGAGCUGGUCUGCAACCGAACCUUUGACAAGUAUGCCUGCUGGCCUGACACCCCCCUCAACACCACAGCCAACGUCUCCUGCCCCUGGUACCUCCCCUGGCACCACACAGUGCAGCAUCACCUGGUCUUCAAGAAGUGUGGCCCUGACGGCCAGUGGGUGCGUGGGGCCCAGGGCCAGCAGUGGCGAGAUGCCUCACAGUGCCAGCUGGAUGAAGAGGCACUUAAGGUCCAGAAGGAGGCGGCCCAGCGGUAUAGCAGUUUCCAGGUGAUGUACACAGUGGGCUACUGCCUGUCGCUGGUAGCACUGCUGCUGGCGCUGGCCAUCUUGCUGGGCCUCAGCAAGCUGCACUGCACCCGCAACUACAUCCAUGCCAACCUGUUUCUGUCCUUCGUGCUCAAGGCCAGCUCAGUGCUGGCGAUGGAUGGGCUCCUGCGGACCCGCUACAGCCAGCAGCUGGGCGAUGACCUGAGCGUGGGCAUGUGGCUGAGCAACGGGGCAGUGGUGGGCUGCCGGGUGGCGACAGUAUUCAUGCAGUAUGGCGUGGUGGCCAACUACUGCUGGCUGCUAGUGGAAGGCAUGUACCUGCACAGUCUGAUGGGCCUCGCCACCUUCCCCGAGAGGAGCUUCCUCAGCCUCUACCUGGGCUUCGGCUGGGGUGCCCCCCUGCUCUUUGUCAUCCCCUGGGCUGUGGUCAAGAGCAUGUUUGAAAACAUUCAGUGCUGGACCAGCAAUUACAACAUGGGCUUCUGGUGGAUCCCGCGUGUGCCCGUCUUCCUGGCCAUCUUGAUCAAUUUCUUCAUCUUUGUCCGAGUCCUCCACAUCCUGAUGGCUAAGCUUCGGGCCCGCCAGAUGCUCUACACAGACUACAAGUUCCGGCUGGCCAAGUCCACACUGACCCUCAUCCCACUGCUGGGCAUCAACGAGGUGGUGUUUGCCUUUGUGAUGGAUGAGCAUGCACAGGGCGCCCUGCGCUCCGUCAAGCUCUUCUUCGACCUCUUCUUCAGUUCCUUCCAGGGUCUGUUGGUGGCUAUCCUCUACUGCUUCCUCAACAAGGAGGUGCAGACAGAGCUUCUGCGGUGCUGGCGCCUGUGGCAGGUGAGCAAGGAGCUUCGGGAGGAGCGACACCCCCCGAGCCAGAAGCUGCUGCUGACCUGGAACCAUGGCAGCAGGGCCAGCUCGGAGCCUACUGUGCAGACCCACUUACCUGACAGCCUGGUCGAGAGCCCUUUCUGAAGGCCCUCAGUCCCUUAGGACAGGACUCAGACUCCUGGAAGACUGUUUCUGGAAAAUGUUAGACUCAUGGGGUCUCAAGGGGUGGGGGACCCCAUGUCCCCAAGUCCAUCCCCACAUGGCCAUCUGCUCUGUCUUUGGGUGGGGUCUGCUCUGUGAUGCAUGCCAGCUGAGUGUCCCUGCAUGUCACCUGUCCUCCAGCAAUAAAGAGUUGGAGCAGUG